AUGUAAGACAUAGAAUAAGAAAGAUAGAGAAAAUAAGAUCUAUUGGUUUCAUAAAUAGUGGAUGCUGGAUACGAUACUAUUGCAUUCUAGGUGUAUUGUGAAUAAAUAAAGUAAAAUGGGAGUCAAGAGAUCGAUUUAUGGACAUUUGAAGAAUUGUAAAAAACAAUACAGGAUUUCAUCAAGAAAGAAGAGUAAGAAAUCAAAUUAAGUAUUUAGUUCGAAAGAGCUUGAAAAGCAACCUAUUUAAUAAACCACGAAUCAACAAUUUUAAAUUCAGAAAAUUUAGGAUGAUAGCAACUUUAUUACAGAAGUACAAUGCUAAUUGCCAGGAAGAACAAAAUUAACAGAUUUCAUAAUGGAGAAUACACAUAAAGUACUAUUUGAUUUUAUCAUAAGCAAGUGGAAAUAAUAAUGAGUGAAUAUAUAAGUAAAUCUGAUGGCAUCAUAUCAUCAUAUAUUUCAUUUAAAAUUGAGACGAAACCAAUUGGAUGGGUUGUUAAUAGAAGAUUUACUGACUUUUUGAAGUUGAGAGAUAUUUUAGUAAUGACGUACCCAUGCCAUUUGGUUCCUCCUAUUCCUGGAAAGAAAUUGUAUCGAUAUUAUACAUUUUAUAUAGGAAAUCUUAAACAGGGGCAGCCUAUCUAGAAAAAAGAAUGAGAAUCAUGGAAUUAUUUUUAUAGAAUUGCUUAUAUCAUCCAUUAUUUAAGACUCAUCCAUUAUUUUCUGACUUUUUAGAAAUUAGUGAUGAAGCUAAAUUGAAAGAAAAAUUCAAUUAAUACGAAAAAUAGAAGGGACCAUCCAAACCAGGUGAAUAUAUAACCACAAAUGGUUCUUGUGUUUUGGAGAUAUCCAAUGAAUUAUAGAAUUAUUCAAAUUCUUUAAGUGAUUACUUAAAGAAUUCAUAAGAUAUCUAUAAAAAGACUGGCAACAACUUCAGUAAAUUAUGCACAGAUUUGGAAAACCUUAGUAAUACAUUGACUGCAAUAACAGAAAACUUUAAUACUUUAGACAAAUUGACAGAUGGGUUUAUUAAAUAAACUAAAUCUUAAGGAGCAAUUGAAUAAAUCUAAUUAGUUUAUUAAGAAUUAUCAAAGUUUGUUACAGGUUGGCAAUACGGAGUCAAUUUUUAAAUGAAGAAUGUAAAAGUAAUUAAUUCUCAUAUCAAAUAUAGGAAAACUUUUACGAGUUCUUUAGAUAUCAUAAAAAGAUGUAAUCAUCAGCAUAUGAUUAUUUACAGAGUAAGAAUUAGUUGCAACAGAAAUAUUAAAAUCUUAAGAACAAGGUAAAUGAAAAGAAAGAGUAAUUAUAUAUCAAAGGAGAUCCUACUAAAUGGGAAUUACCCCCUGAUAUUCCAAAAACACUCAAAGAACUCUAGUUUAAUAAGGGAGAAGCCUUCAAAUAUAUGUUACCUAAUGAAACAAAGCAAGUAAAUGAAAUAAGGGAGAUGUAUGCUUUUAUGAAUCAUUAAUUGCAGGAAGAAAUAAAUUAGAUGAUUGAUUUUAGAAUUAAAGUUUAUGCAAAGAAAUUCGUUAGGAUGGGACAAAUGAGGGCUUUGGAAACUGCUAAAUUCCAUCAUAUUUUGGCGAACUUCUUAUAAGUUUUGGCUGAAAUGUAAGGAUCAACAACAGGACAGAUGUAUAAUCGGAGAGCCAGUGUGUUUAUCGACAAAAGAUAUGAUUAAUUUUUUGGGAUAGUACCGAAGUGACCAAUAUUUUAUAUGCAAU